UGUUGUUAUCUCUAUAUCCGCCUUUUUCUUUUUCUUUGGGGUCAAUUAUGAUCUCUCUCUUUCUCAUUUCCUCGUAAUCUUAACACCAGCCUCAUCUGCCACCAAACCAAAGGCGUACGCACCUGGGACAUAAUUUCUUCGGUGACUUCCAUGGCUCCGUCUGUCUCUGAUGAUUCCGUAAAGCCUCGAGAUGUUUGUGUUGUGGGAGUUGCCCGAACGCCUAUGGGGGGCUUCCUUGGCUCCCUCUCGUCUUUGACUGCCACAAGACUUGGGUCCAUAGCCAUCGAAGCCGCUCUUAGAAGAGCAAAUGUUGAUCCGGCCCUUGUGGAAGAGGUCUUCUUUGGCAAUGUCUUAACCGCUAAUCUUGGGCAAGCACCAGCAAGACAGGCUGCACUUGGUGCCGGGAUUCCCUAUUCGGUGAUCUGCACCACUGUUAACAAAGUCUGUGCUGCAGGAAUGAAAGCUGUAAUGCUAGCGGCUCAAAGUAUCCAGCUCGGCUUGAAUGAUGUUGUUGUGGCUGGUGGGAUGGAGAGCAUGUCAAACGUACCUAAGUACCUCCCAGACGCAAGGUGCUUUCUGAGUUUCCUAACUCAAAACUUUGUAGGAAACACAAGUGUCGCAGAUUUCGAUAUGUUUUCUCAUCUCGAAAAA